CCGGGCGGGCUCGGGGGGCGGGAAAAGGGAUUUUAGGGAGGGUGAAAAUGCAGGAAAAAGGGAUUUUAGGGUGGCUCCGAGGAUGUUCCAGCCGGGAGGAAGGAUUGAAUCCAUCCCAGGCUGGGCAGACCUCGGGAAUGGAGCAGCCCGUUUGUUUUUAAUUCAUUAAAUUAAUAAUUAUUUGCUGUUAAAAUCAAAGAUUCCGCCCCAGAGCUCCCAAAGCUGCGAUUUUCCCCGUGUUUGGUUGAUUUGAAAGGUCCCUUUUUCCUUGGAUUUGACUUUUCCCACCCUGGAUAACAGUGCCAGCCCAUUUUUGGGGCUGUUUCUCCAAAUUCAAGGAGUUUCUCUCCUCCCUGGAUCGGGUAGAGACUCCUCAAUCCCGUUUUUUCCUGGCUCGGGAUUUUUUUGGACUUCCAGGUGCUUUUUCCAUGGGCUGAGAGGCUGGAGUUUGGCCAGGAGGGAGCAGAUUUGGGAUCUGGAGGAAAUCUGGGAAAUCUAUCCCAGGUUUAUCCCGACCUGGGGUUGGGGUAAAUCUGGGAUAAAUCAGGGGGACGAGCCCAGUUUUUAACUCGGUUUUGGGGACUUUUCCCCUCUCCAAAUCCCUAAAAUCUGGGAAGGGGCUGGAGGAUUUUUGGGAAGAGAAUAAAGAAUUUCUGGGAAGGGGCUGGAGAAUUUUUGGGAAGGGAAUGGAGAAUCCUGAGGGAAACUGGGAAGGGGCUGGAGAAUUUUUGGGAACAGGGUGGAGAAUUUUUGGGAAAUGGCUGGAGAAUUUUUGGGAAGGGACUGGAGAAUCCUGUGCGAAACUGGGGAAGGAAACCUUGGGAACUUUUAUUCCCCAUCCCUGCAAACCUCCGAGCGUGCAAACUCCCAGCCUGGCCUCAAACCUCAAUCCCAUGAAAAUACCCCAAAAAAAACGACCCCAGAUCCGUGCAGAACCCCGAUUUCUCCCGGUUUCCCAGAGGGUUUGAGGAAUGCCCAAGAAAUUCCAGGGGGAGAACAGCAAGUCGGCGGCGGCGCGCGCCCGCAGGGCCGAGGCCAAGGCGGCGGCGGAGGCGCGGCGGCAGCAGGAGCUGGAGGAUGAGCUCUGGAAGGACGAGGACAAACACGUCCUGAGGAAGGAGCAGAGGAAGGAGGAGCGGGAGAAGCGGCGCCUGGAGCAGCUGGAGCGCCGCAAGGAGCUGCAGCGGCUGCUGGAGGAGGAGGACUCCAAGCUCAAAGGGAAAACUCCCAAGCAGGGAAAUCCUGGGAAAAUCACCCGCGCCCAGAUCGAGGAGAACGUCCGCAAGGAGCAGCAGCAGAAGGAAAACACGGAUGCAGUGGAGAAGGAGAAAUCGCACCUGGAGCUGCCGCUGGAGGAGAACCUGAACCGGCGGCUGCCUGAGGAGGGCGCUGUGGAGGCGCGCAGCAUCGAGGACGCCAUCGCCGCCCUCAGCGUGUCCCAGCCCCUGGAGCGCCACCCCGAGCGCCGUCUCCGCGCCGCCUUCGCCGCCUUCGAGGAGCUGCAGCUGCCGCGGCUGCGGCGGGACAACCCCAACAUGCGGCUGAGCCAGCUGCGCCAGCUGCUCAAGAAGGAGUGGAUGAGGUCCCCCGAGAACCCCCUGAACCAGCGGCACAAACCCUACAACAGCCACCCCUAGGCAGCCUGCCCGGACUGGGAUCCCCGCCAGGACCGGCCCCCGCGGGCCUUGUGGGGUUUUUUGUGUCUCUCUCUCUCUCCCCGCCGUGGGUUUGGGGUGAGCUGGAGGUCGGACUGAUGGCGCCUUCUCCUUCCUGGAAUUCCCUGCGGGAAGCAGCUCCCGGAGGCUCCCGGCUGCCCUCGGCGUCCCCUCCGUGGGGUUCUGGAGUUGUCACGUGGAAAGUGCUCCUGGGGUGUGAGCCCGAAGAGAUGCCAGAGCCUGGGUCUCACCUGAGAUCCUGCUCCUGGUUCUUUGGGAUUGGGAUAUCCCUGAGAUCCCUGCUCCUGUUUCUUUGGGAUAUAUCCCUGAGAUCCUGCUCCUGUUUGCUUUGGGGUUGGGAUUGGGAUAGCCCUCAGAUCCCUGCUCCUGUUUCUUUGGGAUAGCCCUGAGAUCCUGCUCCUGUUUGCUUUGGGGUUGGGAUUGGGAUAGCCCUGAGAUCCCUGCUCCUGUUUCCUUGGGAUAGCCUUGAAAUCCUGCUCCUGUUUCUUUGGGAUUGGGAUAUCCCUGAGAUCCCUGCUCCUCUUUGCUUUGGGAUGUCCCUGAAAUUCCUGCUCCUGUUUCCUCUGGAACUGGGAUGUCCCUGAAAUCCUGCUCCUGUUUGCUUUGGGAUUGGGAUAUCCCUGAGAUCCUGCUCCUGUUUCUUUGGGAUAGCCCUGAAAUCCUGCUCCUGUUUCCUUGGGAUUGGGAUAUCUCUGAGAUCCCUGCUCCUAUUUCCUUUGGGAAGUCCCUGAAAUCCCUGUUCCUGUUUCUUUGGGAUUGGGAUAUCCCUGAAAUCCCUGCUCCUGGGAUGUCCCUGAAAUCCUGGUUCUGUUUCCUUUGGGAUAUCCCUGAAAGUCCUGCUCCUGUUUCUUUGGGAUUGGGAUAUCCCUGAAAUCCCUGCUCCUGGGAUGUCCCUGAAAUCCCUUCUCCCAUUUAUCUGGGAUUGGGAUAUCCCUGAAAUCCCUUCUCCCAUUUCCUUUGGGACUGGUGCCAUUUCCUUUGGGAUUGGGAUGUCCCUGAAAUCCCUGCUCCCAUUUCCUUUGGGAUUGGCUCAUCCCUGAGGUCCCUGGUGCCAUUUCCUUUGGGGUUUGGGCUAUCCUUGGUCCUGUUUCCUUUGGGAUUGGGGCAGAAGCGUUGGGAAGAGGGAAAAUCCCUCAGGGAGGAGUGGGAAAAGCCUUUCCCAGGGGGGACAGGCACUCCAGGUGACAUUCCCACUGUCCCCUGGAAUGCUGGAGCCCCAAAUCCACUCGGUGGAGGGAUUCCCAUUCUUUGGGAAUGAAAUUCCUUCCCAGGAAUCGGCCUGGAGGUGCCACCCAGCUUCCCAAAAUCCCAUGGGAUUCAUCCAGCCUCAUCCUUUUCCCUCUUUUUGGGGCUGCCCCCCCUGGGCUGGGCCCUGUUCCCACAUCCCAGAAUUCCCAAAUCCAGCCAGGGAGGAGUGACCCCCCCCAUCAUCCCUUUGUGUGAGUUUGGUGUGUUUGAAUCCAAUUAAAAAUUUAAAGAAUAAAAAAAUCCGAUUAAA